UAAGUUUCCAAGAGUGUUUUCUAUUAGGUGUCUGAUUGUGCAUUCACAAAAUGUCCAACGAUAAACGAACUGUGUACGUUGGUGGUCUCUCGGAUGAGGUAACCGAAAAGCUCAUAAACGAUGCAUUCAUCCCGUUUGGAGACUUGGUCGACAUCCAGAUGCCGGUAGAUUACGAAUCGCAGAAACACCGUGGAUUCGCGUUCAUUGAGUUUGAGAGCGCCGAGGAUGCCGCCGCUGCCGUGGACAAUAUGAACGAUUCGGAACUGUGCGGCAGAACCAUACGGGUGAAUAUAGCGAAACCACAGCGUAUCAAAGAAGGCAGCAACAAACCGGUUUGGGCGGAGGAUACUUGGUUGCAGCAGCAUGCCGGAGCUACCUUGAAGAACGAGGAUGCAGGUGGAGAAAGUGGAGAGAUACAACCCAAAGAACCUAAAGCUCCAGAGGAGAAAAAACGUAACCCGCAAGUGUACUUCGAUAUCCGGGUAGGGAGCAAUGACGUCGGCAGGAUUAUAAUGUCGCUGAGGGCGGAUAUCGUGCCGAAGACGGCAGAGAACUUCCGUGCACUCUGCACUGGGGAGCAAGGAUUUGGGUUCAAAGGAUCGACGUUCCAUCGAAUAAUUCCGGAAUUUAUGUGCCAAGGAGGUGAUUUUACCGCUAACAAUGGAACCGGCGGCAAAUCGAUCUAUGGGAAAAAGUUUGCCGAUGAAAAUUUUACGUUGAAACACACUGGCUUCGGUGUUCUUUCGAUGGCAAACUCCGGACCGAACACCAAUGGUUCACAGUUCUUCAUCUGUACGGAGAAGACUGAAUGGCUCGAUGCAAAGCACGUCGUGUUUGGCAAUGUUAUCAGCGGAGCGGACGUUGUCCGAAAGAUGGAACGGUGUGGAUCGAAGAGCGGUAAGAUCAAUCAGAAAGUAACUAUUGUGGCGUGCGGAGAGUUGAAAGGAUAGUGGUCAAUAAGGUAGAUAUUA